AUGUCAACGUCAUUUUAUGAUCAAAUGAAUGGUCUAACCGACAACUUAGAUGUAUCACCACUCGAUGAAAGCGCGUUAGAUAAUGGAACUUCGUCUGAGUUCUCACCAGAAUUAAAUUUAGAUCUCUCUUAUGAAGUUCCAACUGACAUAUUGGAUGCUUUUCUAUCUGGAAUGCCAUCUCGUUCUGAUAGUCUGGAAAUUAUUGCACAGCCAUGCUAUAGUUCUAAAUUGCGAACUCGUAAAGAUAAUCAAAGAGAAAAAAGACGAAAUACUCUCAAAGCAAAAAAUAAAAGUUCUUCUUUCACCGGUCCAACAAUUCGUAUCCCAAAAUGUUACUUUAACGCUGCAGAACAAUAUUAUAUUGGUGUUUUUCUUGUGACGGUUUUUCAUGACAAAUCAAAUUGUCGCUAUAUACAUCCAUAUGGACUGAAAGAUGUGGAUCAUGAAGAUCGGAACGAUCAAGGCAGUAAUUCUGUUUGGUUUCCAAUCGAAGAUGAAGGUCCAUAUGGUAUUAAAAGUUUUUCAGGUUUACGGAUUGAUAAAAAAACUGAACAGGAGGUGAAAAACUAUGGUGAUUUCCGCCCAUUUGAUGGCGAUUAUUCAAGUUUAGUGAAUAAUCUUGUUCCAGAGUUAACUUCAGGAAGAAAAAUAGUUCAAGAAUAUAAUCUUAAAAAAACUCAAUUAGCAUUUACGAUUGGUAGAAAAAUAAAUAUCGAAGACAAAUUUCCAACAAUUCUUGAUCUUGGUUUAACGAUCUAUUCGGAAGAAAUGGUGGAAGAUGCUGAGAAAGAGAUAGUUGAAGACACUAGACCUACUGAAUCAGUCGUACAGUCCCAUUCGCCACCACCUGAUUGUCGUAUGUACAAAUAUGCACCACGAUAUGGUUAUACAACAGGCAAAGAAGAGGUGCUUAUUUUUUAUACCAAAAAACUUGAAGAAAACAAAUAUGGAAAUUUACAAGUUACAUUUCAAUAUGACAUAUCUAAUAUUGAAUGGCAAACAUCAUUUGCCGCUACUGAUAUCGAAGUUAAAGGUCAAAUGGUAUCAUUUAGAACACCAUUGUUUCCAUAUUCUAUUAAUGAACCUACACCUGUCAAAAUAAUAUUACAACAAAAAGAAAGAAUGUUAGAAACAUUACGAUAUUUUUAUGUUCCAACCUCACAAUGUUCUACUUGUCAAGCAAACGCAAUGAAAAAUCCAGAGCCAUUUAUAUACAAUAUGUCAAAUAAACGCAUGAAACCUAGUCUAUGGCCCAAUGACGAUGUAGCUGAUGCUUUUGUACCUGUUUGCGAAAGUGAAACUGACUUGCAACAAUCAACAUCAGAACCGGAAUCACAGUCAGCUCUCAGCCCAUCAAAUUCAGUGUCUCAAUCUUCAAUCAAUACUAAUCAAACAACCUCUACUCAACAGCUUUUGGAUAAACUUUUAGAUGAUGUUGUAAAAUUAUUUACUGAAAACGAUUCUAAACCAAUUUUACGGUUCUGUCGACCAUUUAUUGCAAAACGCCCUGAAUUACUUCAUAUGGCUAUUCAGAAUAAUCGUUCUGAUCUUCCAUCAAAAUUUAUUUCUAUUGCGAAGUUUGAUUUACUGAAACAAAAAAAUGAGUUGGGUGAAACUGUACUGUUACAUGCUACACGCCUCAAUCGUAUCGAUAUUGUCCAAGCUCUCCUGGAAAAAAACGACUUCGAUAAACUGCUCGAAGAUAUCAAUAGUAGAAAACAGAAUAUUUUUCAUAUUCUUGCAAUGAAUGUAAAUUCUCAAGAUAUACUCGAUCUAGUAGUUGAACAUCUGGUGAAAAAAUCAAUCAAUAUUUCAGAGAAGUUUGAUCAUGUCGAUGAUGAUUAUCAUACACCAUUACAAUUAGCUAUUAUAAAGAGUAAUCUUUCAGCAACACGUCAGUUUUUGAAACAUUUUAAUAAAACUGUAUGCGACAACAAUAAUAAUAGGGGUGAUAAUCUUAUUCAUCUUGCUGUACGUUAUAGUGAUUUAGCAAUGCUAAAAUUAUUACUCGAUGAUGGAAAACUAAUGGAGCAAGGCACUCAAUCGAAUUUAACGAUGACACCACUUGAGCUGGCUCGAUCAAUGAAACGAAACGAUAUGAUAGAAUAUUUCAAUGAAAUAUACUGCCAACCGGAAGUCGAUGAAAACGAUAGUUCAGAAGAUGAGUAA